UGGCUACGGCAGGGGGCGUGGCUUUGGCUCGGUGCGGUGGCUGGUGGGCGCUGGGCCGAAGGAUGGGCGCGUUGCCCACCACGUGCCAACCCCGCGGCUCUGCGUUGAGCCCCGCUGUUCCCGUAACCCCUCCCCGGGGCCGCCGGCGUCCCGUCACGCUCCUGUGCCACCGGCCCGUCUCCUGCUCGGUGCCCCUGACCUGCCCCGCUCUGUGGCUGACCCGGUGCACGGGGUCGUGACCACCCCAUCUGCUCCUCCUUAUCUGCGCCCCGCUCUCGUUUCCAGCCAAAGUCCUCGCCCCUUUCUGCUGACUCGGCCCCGGAGUGCGGAACUGCCUCACUCUUCGCCUUCCUGCUCGGCGCCGCUCAGCCUGCUGUCACUCGCUGUCACUCGCUGUCACCCACCCGCCGUUCCCUCGCCGCGAUGUGGCUGCUCCUGGCCCUGCUGCAGGCUGCGGUGCUGCCCGCCCGGCCCUGCGAAGCUCCAGCAGAGGCAGCGGUGGCGGUGCGGGCGUUGACUGCACGGCUGCUGGGGCUGGCGAUGGAGCCGGGGCAGGAUGCCGACCCCGGGGUCUACGUGGGGCUGCGCCUCGGCAGCGAGCACGACCUGAGCAUGGAGCAGCGCUACCUGCAGCGCCUGCAGGACGCCUUCCAGGGACGCUACGGCCGGAGUCUGCACGCAGCCAGCCGCCCGUCCCAUGGCCAUCGGCACCGCGACACGGAUUCCAUGCCGGAGACGGGACGUCUGGCUCUCUACCUGCUGGGGCUGCGUGCCACCUGCCCCCCUGCAGACCCCACCACCCAGCGCUUCCCAGUAACGUGGCUCAAGUACUUCCUGGAGAAGGAUUGGGCAGGCUCCCGGCAUCACGGCCAUCCUCUCACCAGUUACUACCAGUACAGCCUGGGUGUGCUGGCUCUCUGUGUCCACCACAAGCGGGUGCGUGAGGAGGUGAUCCAGCGGCUGCUGGUGGCCGAGCAGCACCGGCGCUUCGGGCACGUGGAUGGCAAUGCUGUGGACACAGAGGCAGUGGCAGCAUUGGCCUUCGCCUGCCUGGAGAAGGAGCAACACAUCAGGGCUGGGCUGGCAGCAGAGCUGCGGGCGGCUGUGCGCAGGACCAGGGUGAGGCUGGUGGAGGCACAGAGUGUAGACGGCCUCAUUGGGAACACCUUCAGCACUCCAUUGGCCAUGCAGGUCUUCAUCGCCACCAACAUGUGCAGGACGCAGCCAGCAUACGGCCGUGCCAUGGCUGCACUGCUGCGUCACCUGGACAGUUUCACCAGUGCUGCCACCAUGGCCCAAGCGCUGCUCGCUCUGAACAGCCGCAGCUACUUGAGCAUCGCCUCCAUGCAGUGCCAGGAGGAGCUGGACACAUUGACACCCAUUUUCUUGGAGUCAAUGCCCCUGGAGCCACGCAAUAUGACAGUGCGGCUGGUGGUGGAGUGCCCGGUGCCGGGGUGUCCCCAGCAGCUGCUGUAUGACAGCACGGUGUCUGCGCCCACCGGGGCCUCGCUUCUGGACCUGCUCAGGGCAGCCCCACCACAGGGAUCUAAAAACUUCACGUUUGAGACUCAGGACACUGCAUAUGGCCCCUUCCUGACCUCAGUGCAGGGCAUGGCUGCGAGGCCAAAGGAGCAACACUACUGGCAGCUGCUCAGCGGGCUCGGAACCAGCCUGCAGAUGGGUGUUGCUGACUACAGACCGAAGGAUGGAAACACUGUCAUCCUGCACCUGAGCAAGUGGUAGUGGGGCUGGUUGUGGGGAUGAUGGCAAUGAAAUACUGCAGAACCUC